UAAACGUGAUUAUGAUGUUGAUGAUGUACGUGUUCUGGCUGUCUUAGCGGCUGUUCACAUUGACCCUCAUAUUAGUACGCGCCAAAUAGCUAGACAAACAGGUAUACCUCAGAGAACGAUUGUGAGAAUUUUGAGGAAAAAGAAGCAUCAUCCAUACCAUAUCACAUUAACGCAGGUUCUAACUCCAAAUGACAUGCGACAACGUGUACUGUUUUGUCAAUGGGCUAGACAAAUGAUUGCGCAUGAUGCAGAUUUCUUUAAAUACGUUCUAUUCUCUGAUGAAUCGACAUUUAAAAAUACCGGAGAAUUAAAUACACAUAAUUGUCAUUACUGGUCGGAUGUCAAUCCUUAUUGGCAUAGGCAAGUUAAUAAUCAACAUCGUUGGAGUGUAGUAGUUUGGUGUGGAAUUGUCAACGGUUAUCUAAUUGGUCCUUAUUUUUUUCUUGAAGAAGUCGAUUUGGAGACAAGGCGAAGAAUGUGGAUUCAGAUAGAUGGUGCGCCACCACAUUUCGCACGAAACAAGACAUUUUCUGGAUCAAAACUUCAACGGUAG